CCAGAACGAAUCCCAGAUCCGCUCACCACUUGGGUGAAAUAACACUACACGCUAGUCAACUCAAACCAUCCGCUCCAGGGCAAACUGCCUGUAUAAAGCGGUGGCCGGACAAGAAGCUCACCAACACCAAGAAACCACACCACCGCCGAGCAAACAAGCGGGGAGGAGAGGAGACGGCGGUGCACUGCACAGAGGCGGCCAGCAGCACAAACAAGCCGGGACUGACGAUGGCUGCGGCGGCCGGUGCGGGGAGCGGCGGUGGCGGCGUGGUGAAGCACCUCGUCAUCGUGAAGUUCAAGGAGGACGUGACGCCGGAGCGGCUGGCCGGCCUCAUCCGCGGCUACGCCGGCCUCGUCGACAAGGUCCCCUCCAUGAAGGCCUUCCACUGGGGAACCGAUGUGAGCAUAGAGAACUUGCAUGACGGGUUCACGCACGUCUUCGAGUCCACCUUCGAAAGCACAGAGGGAGUCAGGGAGUACGUUUACCACCCAGCACACGUCGAGUUUGCAACUGAUUUCUUGGGUUCAACGGAGAAAGUCCUCAUAAUCGACUUCAAGCCGGCAGCAGGCAACUAAUGGUUUCGGCCAAGUGAGACACUCUGAGCUUCUGUUGCCGCCUGCCUUACCGGUGUUGCUUGUUUUUGUGUUUGUGUUCGCAUUUCAUCUGGUAUUCACAAGUUAUGUACCUUGUGCUAAAUAAAUCCGUUCGACCGGUUGUGUCUGUUGAGAAUAGUGGCUGAAUUUGGUGUAACUGUGUUCUGACCUUUUGUAGCACUUAAUAAUCAGUAUUAUGUGUGAAAGGUUCUCUUAGUUACUGCCAUCCUUUUUAAUUCCAUAUUAUCCAGAUGUA